GAUCCUUGAUGGCCACCGUAGCCUAUUGACAGGUGCGUCAAAUAAACAUGGCGGCGGAAUCCGUAUGUGAAAACGAAGAUGAAAAUAUUUUAUAUGAUUUACUCGUUAUUAAUGAAUGGCCGCCGGAGACGGACACUCAGUUGCGAGGCAGCAAGGAGCACAACACCUCUCUUAUUGCAAAAGCAGUGACUGGCCCGUUCAGGUUAAUACUGCACUAUUUGUGGUACAGCCCAUCCAGCUCCUCUCUGCCCAUUGGUCUCGUCCGCCUCGCAAACAAGCAGAUCAGCUGGCAGCUGGUGCUCGCAAGUAAUGGCAAACUCUUGGCUGUGGUUCAGGACCAGUGUGUGGAGAUUAGAUCAAGGAGAGAUGACUUUGGCUCCGUUAUUGGAAAGUGUCAGGUGCCAAAGGACCCACACCCCCAAUGGCGUCGGGUUGCUUGGAGCCAUGACUGUACCCUGCUGGCCUACGCCGACAGCACGGGCACCGUGCGCCUUUUUGACCUCACGGGCAGCGAGCUCUUCGUCAUCCUGCCGGCGGUGAGUUUUCCCCGGGAUUUAAAUUGUGCAGUGGCGGGUCUGAUCUUCCUGGAGUACACCACCAGCGCGCAGUGGUCAGCCGAGCUGCUCGUCAUCACUUACAGUGGCAGCCUUAAGAGCUAUCUGGUCAGUGUCGGAACCAAUCAGAACUUCCAUGAGAACCACAGCUUCAGUUUUGCCAAUUACUCCCAUGGCAUCACCUCAGCUGUGUACCAUCCUGGUCAUCGAUUGCUGCUGGUAGGAGGUUGUGAGUCAGGAGGUGAAGGUCUAUCCAAGGCCUCGCGCUGCGGCAUCACAGCAUGGAGAGGUCUGUCGGGUUCGCCGCACUACAAGCAGGUCACCAGCUACGAGGACGAUGUCAGCUUGAAUCAGAAGAGAAGCUUCUUGAGGAUUCCCACCUUCAGGCUCUUUUCCAGACAAGGUGAUGAAAAGGAUGGGGUGUUCCGCAUGAGCCUGAGUCCCGACGGCACCCUGCUCGCUGUCAUUAACUUCUCAGGCCGUCUAUCUCUGUGGGACGUCCCCUCCCUCAGGCAAAAAGCCACGUGGAGCCAGGAACAGCAGCCAGGAUUUGAGGAGAUCAACCCAGAAUGGAAGACAUCGCUGGAGAGGAGGAAGAAAAUAAAAGACAAAGAGCAGUACUACCCGUUGGUGGACGUGAGCUGGUGGAGCGACAGCGUUUUAAUUCUGGCUCGCUGCUCGGGCUCCGUCACCGUGUCGUCAGUCAGGGCACUUCUUAACCUCCUGGGCAAAUCCUGUGAAUGGUUUGAGCCUUCGCCCCGAGUCACCCCCGCACACGAAGGCGGCUUCCUGAGCCUGGAGUGUGAAAUAAAGUUGGCCCAGAAACGUGGUCGCCUGGAGAGCAACCUGAGCAGCGGGAGCCUUGAUGAAGAAGAUGGCGAUGACGGUGGUGACUCAGACUCCGAUGAUGAGCCGUCGGCCAGAGCCCGCUACUUUGGCUACGCCAAGCAGUGCCUAUACUACGUAACAGAGAUGGAGCGCUUUGCGCCACCACGCAAGCGCCCGCGCACCAUUAUCAAGAAUUACCGUCUGGUGAGCCUGAGGUCGACAACGCCAGAAGAACUGUACCAGAGGAAGAUAGACAACGAGGAAUAUGGCGAGGCUUUGUCUCUUGCUCAGGCCUAUAAUCUGGAUUCUGACUUGGUCUACCAGAGACAGUGGAGGAAGAGUACCGUCAGCAUCGCCUCGAUACAAGACUACCUGAGCAAGAUCCGCAAGCGUUCGUGGGUGCUGCACGAGUGUGUGGAGCGCGUCCCCGAGAACGUGGAUGCAGCAAAGGAGCUGCUGCAGUACGGCCUGAAGGGAACAGACCUCGAGGCUCUCAUUGUGUUCGGAAACGGAGAGGAUGAGGGCCGUUUUAUCAUGCCAGGCGAUCUCGACCUUGAUGACCUCCCUUAUGAAGACAUCCUGUCGGAUGAGGAGGAGCUGGAAAUGAAGAGGAAAAAGGAGAUAAGGAAGAGGCAAGAGCUACUGGCCAAGGUCGACUUCAGCAGGUUAACCCUGGAGCAGAAAGAGCUGUGUCGUAGCCGACUGAAACUCCUUGCCUACCUGGACCGGCUGGCCACAUACGAGGAGAUUCUCGGAGGUCCUCACGAAGCGGAGAAUAAAUACGAUGCCGAAUUCUUCAAGAAGUUCCGCAGUCAAAAUAUUGUUCUGUCAGCAAGAAAUUAUGCAAGGGAGAGUAACGUCCAGGCUUUGGACAUUCUGUUCACAUACCACGGAGCAGAACUCCUCCAACAUCGACUAGCUAUCCUUUACAACUUCCCAGAAACCACCUCACCGCACGAAUACACCGUCCUUCUGCCUGAAGCCUGUUUGGACGACCAAGGUGAACUGGUGCUGAUUCCAUGGGACGAGCAGAGACACAGAGAACUGGACUGGUGCGAGACAGAGGAGUGCAGAGCAGUGCUGGACCAGAACCUUUAUGACGAUGACAGUUUCAUGUACGAGGAGACUCCAGAGCUGUUAAGGUUCCGUACGGCUACACCAUCAAUCCAACUGCUGACUGACUGGUACCAGAGUAGAGCCCAGGACAUCGACUGCUGGUCCAGACAGGUUGACUGCGCUCUGUCGCUGGUGCGUCUGGGGAAAGAGCGGGAAAUCCCGGGUCUGGAGCUCCUCUGUGACGACCUGGUCACAAUGGAAACGCUUGUGUACGAGACGUCAAGCGAACUGAGCCUGACGCUUCGAGAUUUGCGUCAACUCAGCCACAUCGACAAGCUCCGCCUGCUCAUGAAAAACUCUAGCGCAGAGCGAUAUGUAAAGGACACGUUCCAGUGGAUGGUGCCGUUCUUGCAUCGCUGUGAGCGACAGGAAGAGGGCGCCGCCAAGUCUCUGCUGAGAGAAUACCUGGUCAGCCUGGCCCAGCGAGACCUCACCCUGCCCCUGAUCAUCUUCCAGCACUCCAAACCGGACUGCCAGUGCCAGAAGAUCAUACAGGAUCCAGACCAGCUGAUGGCCGUCGCUCUGGAGUGUAUCUACAGCUGUGAGAGGGAUGACCAGCUCAGCAUCUGUUAUGACAUCCUGGAAUGUCUCCCGCAGAGGGGCUACGGGCCAGAGACUGACAUCACUCCAUCGCUGCAUGACCAAGUGGACAAACUUGAGAAGCACCUCAGCGUGGCUGAGGUUCUAGAGAAACAUGGUCUACAGAAGACCGUCUCUUAUGUGAAAAACAGCCAGAACAGUGAAGAUGAAGCCCACCAACUCAUGGUCAAAUUGUGCCGCCACACUGGACGCAAAAAGCCUCCUGUGAGUGCGGCGGUUUGGAAGAAUCUUCUACAGGAUCUCCUUGACAUGCAGCAGUGUGUCUACAGCUGUUUAACUCCAGAAACAUGUCAUGAGGUCUUUGUGGAUUCCCUGCUGUGCUCCAGCCGUGUGGAGAACAUCCACCUGGCAGGACAGCUUAUGCACUGCUCUAAGGUAGAUGAAAUCAGCCAGGAUGUUCCCGUUAGCUUGUCUUUUCGGGGUAAAGGUCACGUUCUGAGGGUGCCGUACAACAAGAGCGUGGAAUUAGUGUUAGCCGCCGCCAGAGAAUACUUCAACUCCUCCACAACACUGACAGACCCCUGCAUGCUCCUGGCGAGGGCGUGUCUCCAACUCGUCACUGACUGUCCUCCGGCCAUCCAGGAAGAACUGGACCUCAUCAGUGCCCUCUGCCAGCUGGAGGACUUCAGCGUCAACGUGCUUCCUCUGCAAGUCCGUCUGCGGCCAGACCGUCUGUCUCUCAUAGAGGAGUGUAUCGCCCACUGCUCCACAGCAUACAAGCAGUCUGCAACUCUGCUCAAUCUGGCCGUACUUCUCCGGGUGGCAGGAGAUGAUGAGGCAAAGCGAAAAGGCCAAGUGUUGACCCUGCUGGCAGAGCAAGCUCUCCAGUGUCUGGACUUCAAGGCUUCUUACAUCCACUGUCAGGACCUCAUGGCUGCAGGUUACAGCCCAGCGUGGGAGGUGUGCAGCCUCCUCGGUCAGUGCGAUGGCUACGGAGACCUGGGGGCCCGGCAGGAGCUGUUAUCUUUCUCUCUCGCCCACUGCCCCGCUGGCAGCAUCCACAGCCUUCUGGCUGCCUCCAGUGACCUGCAGACUCAGGUGCUUUAUCAGGCUGUUAACUACCAAAUGGAGCCUGUUAUUAUCGACAGCGGACAAGAAGCCGACGAGACGGACUCGCUCAAGGCUGGCGCAUCCACUGUGAGUCUACCUGUGGUGACGGCGGGUGAUCUGCUGCACAGGACAACAGCAAAGACCAUGGAAGUGCUGACAACAACUGGAGUGACCACGAAGGCCGUGCUGACGGCAGUCAGCGACCAUCGCUGGUGGAAGAAAUCAAUCAACUACCUUCGGCCAUUGCAUGGUUAUGGCUCAGGCUCCACCAGUCAGGAAGGGGCAUGUGAGAAUUCCAACCUGGAGCGUCAAGGCUGUAGCCCCUUUUAUCAGGAGCUCAUUGAUGAUCCCUAUGUAGACCCAAGUCAAGAUGUGUACUCGUCCUGCAAGGACGUGGCUCAGGAGAACUUUGCUGAGGUUUUGCUGAGGACGGGCAAGCUGGCGGAGACGAAAACUGAAGGGGAAACGCUGUUUCCUGCCACCGAGGUUCUGCUGCAGCUGGCCAAUGAUGCGUUUCCAAGGGACAUGAUGCUGGCUCUGUCCUACUUACUGGCCCUGCCUCAGGUGUUGGAUGCCAACAGGUGUUUUGAGAAACAGUGUCAUUCUGCUCUGUCGCUCCAGCUUGCCGCCUACUACUACUCUCUGCAGAUCCACACCCGCCUGAAACCCUGCUUCAAGGACAAGAACCACAUUCUGUACCAGGCAGACCCAAAGGAGUUGAUUCGCUUGGUCACGCAGCAUGUGUCUACAUACUCCGAUUGGCCAGACGAGCUGCAGAAGUUGAUAGCUCAGCUGCAUCUGUACAACGAGCGUUUGACCGACUUCACCCAGGCAGAGAUACUGCAGGGCCUGGGCCGUGGCGUGGAUGUGCAGCGUUUCAGUUCCGACGCCGACUACAAGAAGGAAACCAUCCUCGGCCUCACAGAGACCCUGGAUGACGGCGUGUACAAGAUCGCUCUGUCUUUGGCCAGGCGCUACAGCAUUCCGGUGUGGGAGGUCUACAUGACUCACCUCGAGUUCCUCUUUACAGAUAGCGGCCUUUCUACCAAGGACAUAGAACUGAGGAGCGAGUCCCUCGGCCUGUUUGACACUUUGAAGUGUAACCCGCAGGCGUUUUCCAGCCACAUGAAUAAGUACGUUCUGCCCAGCGUAGAGGGUACUGACCUCUGCCGAAUGCUGUACUACUACACCUUACUCAAUGCUGCAGGCUGUGAACCUUACGUCACCACUACCAUCAAGCCAGACUCACAUGUCAAACUGCUGAAGAAGCUUCGGGCUGUUGCCAAUGGCCUGGAUUACCGAAAGCUAACUGAUGAAUCUUCAGAUCCACUGAUGGGUCUAGAACCUGUUCUGACUAGUCAGAAUGUUCUGUCCAUCUCCAAACUUGCCAGUCGGCUCCCAGUGCUGGGCGGCGGAGGAGCAACAGUGUCCCCCAGCGCAGUCUAUGCUGUGUGGCUGCAGAAGCUCUUUUGGAAGGGAGACCCUCAGCUUCUGAAGAGAACCCCACAGAGCGACCAAGACUUUCUCCACGCCUACGACACCUGUGCCAAAUACCUGGACAGGCUGGUCCCCGCUGAUGCAGUCCUCUUUGUCGAUCAGAUCACCUUUUUCCCCGAGACAGCCCAACAACUGAGCACUCAGGUGAGGUCGGAGGUGAUAAAACGAGCAGCCAAAGCACUUCACCAACUCAGCGAGAGGAGCAAAAAGAGAGGAGCCAGCGGUAACACAGAGCAGGGAGGAGCGGCGGAGUCGGCAGGGAUGACUUUUGAUGAGGCGGUGGUGCACCUGCAGCAAUCACAGGCCCACCUGGACACUCUGAGCCAUCCCUUCAUUGUGUCGCUUAAAGACAGCCAGCAGGAGCAGCUACAGCAUUACUAUCAAGUUUAUGAUUUGUCCCGAUCGGAAAGAUCAAAAGUGCAUGAGCUGGCCAUCACCAUGGCAACCGACGGGCAACCUCUGGGGUGCAUUGCGGAGCUGCUUCGCGUGGCCGUUGGAACCCUCGGCCUGUCCAUUAAAGCUGUGCUUCACAAUGCCGUGGAGAGAGUGGUGUCUGCGCUCAGUGGCGAGUCGGACACCUUGACAAAUUACCCACAACCCCUCAGGGUCCUGGAAGCCAUUGUGACCGCUGUGCACAACAAUGUGCAGAGUGGUGACUGUGCAGUGACCUCAGACGACCUUCUGGAAUGGCUCCGCCCAUUCUGCGGCGACGCAUCGCUGCCCGUGCGGCCUAGGAUCGACGUGUUGCAGAUCCUGGAGAAUAACUUCACGCUGCGAGACAGCGACGUUCGUCUUCUGCUUCUCUACAGGACGAAGGCAGUUCUCAAAGAACGAGAGGUCCAGAUGGAAGAUGUUGAGAGCGAGGAGAAAAGAUAUGCCCUCUUCCUGGAUCUGCUGGAAGCUGCACAGACGUGGGAGGAGUUUCAGACGCUCAUGCUCCUCCUACAAGCGUGGCCGCCCAUGCUGAAACCAGAUGUGUCGGAGUCAGAGCGAAACCCGUGGGUCGUGCUGAGCUCAGCGUUACUGACCUGCUGCCGCGGGUCACAACUCAACAUAGAUCUGGGUCACCAGCUUGUCACCAUGGUCCGAUCCCUCUAUGACACGAAACACAAGCUUCCUGCACGGUGUGUCGGACACGUAGCCGCCCUGCUCCAGGACCAGGCAAACCUGCAGCAGCCGGCGCUCAAACUGAUGGCCGAGAGCGGUGAUGAGCAGCUCCUCCAGCUGACUCUGGAUCAGAUUAACUCCAUGACAGUGGAGAUGGCUUCGUCAUGUGACGAAGAGCUCCUGUCACUGCUCCUUGAUGCUGGACUGCUUGUGGGCUGCGUCUCCUCGGCCCUCUACCCUCUUCUCAGCUCCCAUAUGCUGGUCCAUCAGCCGGAGGGCGGCUGGGACGUGGAAAAAGCUGCCGCCGAGCUGCUGGCUGCAGGCCACGGGCCCGAGGCGGGCUCCCUGCUGCUAUCUCACAGAGGAACCCACCGGGCCCAGUUCACCUUCAACUCCGCCUUGGCCGUCCUCAAGAAGUGGUUGUGAGAAGAGGUACGGGGGGGAGGCGGUUGGACCGCAGCCACAGUCUGUGGUGAUAAAACAGCUUUAGGGGAAAGAGAGCGCGAAUGAGAUUUGGAGCGAGAUCAAAAGAAAUUAAAGGAGAAUUGAAGUGA